AUCUUAGUGUUGAUAUGUUAGCAUUUUAAUCAUGUAAUCCAUCGCCAAGUCAAUAAUCUGGUCUCUAACUUUUAAGUGUAAAUUAAACCCAUGAGAUACAAUAGUCUUAAUCAUCAUAUUUGCUUUAAGCAUUAAAUUAAUUUCCAUAAUAACUUUAACAGAAAGCUUAAGCAUUACAAUAAGAGAACUAAAAAUUAAAAAAUGAAAAUCAACUUCUGCAAUAAUCAUUCAAUCAUUUAGAGAAUAAGUAAUAAGAGUUGAUUAAUGAAGUAUAAAAUCAUUACAAUAUUAGAUCCAUGAUUUAAGAUAGUUAAUUAAAAGAGUUUAUCAAGAAGGUGAAAUGUCUGUUUAAUUCUUAAAAAAUAAAAAUGUAUAUUAUUAUUAACUAUUCAAGGUCAUACUUGAACAUCAUAAUGAUAGUUUAGAAAAAUCCCUCAAAAAUUUAUAAAAUAAUAUACAUAUGUUUGGACAAUUAAAAGAUCUUUCAUAGCUUAUGUAAGAAGGAGAUGAUCAUUGA